CGUAGCCCCCACAUGCUGGCCUAGCAUUCUCUGGCAAUCGUAGAGCUUUAUAAGCAUAACAAGUCACAUGUGGCCGACGAACGUCGAAGGAAAAGUACGUCAGUCGGAAACAGCGAUCCCGAUUCCCCGACGGACUUGUUGAAUUUCAUCUUGUACCAUAAAUGUAUCGCAUCAUGGUUCAAUUCUCCCCCGCCUUCUCUCCAACAGUGGUCUUGUUGGACUGCCUCUGCUCCGUGCCCGCCACCCCAUGUCAUUGCUCUUCAAAGUUCAAGACGGCGGGGCCAUAGACCCCACCGCCCAUCUUGACCCGCACACAGGGGCAGUCGUUGAGAAGAAGACGAAGGAGGAGAGGUGGCUCGUCGCGAGACUGGACGCGAUCCUGCUUGUCUAUCUGUGUAUCUCGCAGGUCAUCAAGUAUCUGGACCAGCAGAACAUCUCGGCAGCCUACGUAUCGGGAAUGAAAGAAGAACUCAACCUCUAUGGCAACGAGUAUAACUACUUCACCACCUGGUUCAGCGUCGGCUAUGCCGUCUUCCUCAUCCCCUCUCAGAUCAUCAUCACCCACGUCCGUCCCUCCUGGUGGCUCCCGGCGCUCGAGACGUGCUGGGGAGUGUUGACCCUCGCGACGUGCAAGGUGACAAACUAUAAGCAAGUAUAUGUUCUGAGAGCAUUCACUGGUGCUUUUGAGGCCACUUGCUACCCCGGUGCCAUCAUGCUUCUUAUGUCAUGGUAUACUCCCAGGGAGCUUGCGUUGAGAAUCGGAUUCUACCAGAGUUGUCAAUCAAUCGGCAACAUGCUCGCCGGCGCCCUUCAAGCGGCCAUCUACAACAGCAUGGACGGCCUUCACGGCAUGUCGGGAUGGAGGUGGAUGUUUGUCAUCGACGGCAUCCUGACGCUUGUCGUCAGCUUUGCAGGAUUCAUUCUCAUCCCCGAUUUCCCGUCCAAGCCCAACCCGUGGGCAUUCUGGCUUCGCCCAAGGCACAUCGACCAAGCGAUGGACCGUGUCGCCCGCUUCCGCCGAGCAGACAACAAAAAAUUCACUCUCGGCUCCGUCAAGAAGGCUAUUCUCAACCCGGCGGGUACUCUUGCAAACUUUAAUCUGUGGCUCAAGAGUCUCAAGAAUGAUGAUGGUACAGCGAGAUGGUCUGUCGCGGCAGUAAACGCGAUCCCUAUCGGCGGUGGUGCUGUCAGCGUGGUGAUGAUCUGGUUCUGGGGCUUCUUCUCCGACUUUUUCGAAACGCGAUGGAUCCCCAUCGCUGCUCAAGGUGUUAUCGGUCUCAUACCGAGUAUCAUCAUGAGCAUCUGGACCGUAUCGGACAAUGCCAAAUAUUUUAGCUACUUUGCAUGCUACCUCUCCCUCGCCACAUCGCCCCCCAUCUGGGCCUGGCUCUCCGACCUCAACCCCUUUGACGCCGAACAGCGUGCCUUCAUCCUCGGUUCCGCUAUCGCCCUCUACUAUGCUUUCAGCGCAUGGAGUGGUCCUCUUAUUUGGCCCGCGAGUGAAGCGCCUCAUUACGCACAUGGAUGGCAGGUCAUGAUCGCUUUAUGGGCGUUGGUCGUCAUCCUCGCUUGUACUCUUCGUUAUAUCGAACUGAAGCAUAUCAGACCCCAGAACGUUCAAAAGGCUGAAGCCAGAAUCGCUGUUCGGGAGGCGGAAGAGAACCAGGAAGAUGACGAUAAGAAGGAGCCCGUUCUUCAUCAAGUGAGAUCGGUCGCGAGCAGGGUGUAAAGAGGAGGCUGUAAUUCGGGGUGAUCGGUGAUGUAAUGAUCUUGCUUGGGAUAUUUGCUUGGAUAUCUAUAGAAAUCGUUGUAUUAGGGUUGAUUGAUGAACAUUGUCAGAAC